AUGGAAGUCACCCUGAGCCCUGAAGAGAAAUCAAUAUUCGAAAACGAGGCCAUCAUAUACUCCAUCAUCAGAACUCUUGAGCCGCUUGAAAAGGCUUACCUUAAUGAAAAAAUUUCCGAAGACGAAUAUCAUACCUUAUGCAAAAGACUUAUAAAUCAAUAUAAAACCAUUUCUGACAGCUUAGAUCAAAGCUACCCUGGGCUGCUCCCAUUCAUGCAGAAAUACCAGCUUGAUACUUCAUGUCGACUUGCUUUAAAACGGCUUCAGGUUGGAAUGACAGCUGCAGAAAUCCACGGUGGCAGCGAUGCUCCACAGAUGAGUGUCAUCAUCAAUGCAACCCAAAGUUUGAUCACAGCGAACAAUGCAUUGCAGCUUAAUAUUACUACAGUUGACCAAUUGCAGCCACUUAUACAAGAAGUCGUGACUUGUCUGGGAAGAGUUAAAGGGGUUCCAGCAAGCUUUACAGGGAGUGCUAAAAUGCAGGACUGGCUGAGGACGCUUUCAUCAAUGAGGGCUUAUGAUAGUUUGAGCGAAGAACAAGGCAGACAGCUGGAAUUUGAUAUUGAUCAAGCUUAUAGAGAUUUCAAGCAAUGUAUGGAUCGGUCUUAA